AUGGCAGCGGCCGCCAGCUCACGCGACUCAGGUGAGCUCGAGCUAGCUGAUGGCACGCGUUCGAGCAUGCCUGUGCCCAGUACAUCGACGGGAUCGACCGACGAGGGCAGCAGUAAGGGCAGCUCUCAUUCUGCUCAUUCCCGCCAGAACAGGCGUGCUACUAAGCGACCUCGUCUGUCUGUACCUACUCAGGAUGUAUACGACGACAUCGACGGUGCAACGAGGAUAUUCAUGCUUCAAUCUCAAUCGGAACGGUCGACCGCCCUCAAAUUGGCCCGCGCUGCUCUCCUGAGCAAGCCCGUCGAGCCCAUUCGCGGCAAAUCUCAUCGGUUGAUGAGCACGGAUGAGGAAGACAGCUCAGGAGACGAUGUCGUGCCUCUGAAGACGACGCCGAAGAGGAUUAGACCGGCAGAAAUCACUCCUCCGCCGGCAUUUUCUCGUGAUCUCAAGUCGUCUGCUCGUCCUGCUGUAUCUGCGCAGCCAGCCGACUCGCACACGACAACCAUCACUUCGUCAUCUCCGGUUCAAUCUAGCCAGAGGUCAAGCAAAGGAACGCAGAGGACGACAACUCUAUCGCCACAGAUGGAACGUGACGACUGGCGGCCCUCUGUGUCUCGUGCACGACGUCGCGCCAGUGUCGCUGCUCAGUCGAGUACACCUACUGCUACCUCACAGAAGACCACGCCGUAUGUCGACUCGACCAUUGACCUGUAUCCGCUCCUAUCGCCUGAUAUCACCCUGCCGCCGCCAUUGCCUCAGACUCGUCUUGCCAUAGCUACGCCCACCAAGAAAGGCAAACACGCUCACAGCAGAUCUCCUCUGGUUGAUCUCAGCCAAUCAAGCCAGGCCAGUGUAAUGGUGCUCUCACCUGGCCCCAGUCUGUCGCCCAGACGCCUCAAACCCAGUGAUGCUGUAGCAAAGGGCAAAGAGAAUCAAGGCGCGGAAGCCAGAGGUCAAUGCCCCGUUUGUAACGACUGCUUUCCGGUAUCACAGCUUCAGGCACAUACAGAGGCAGAGCUAGCGAUGAGCGCUGCCCUCUCAUCGGAGGAUGAGUAUGGGACCGGAACCUCUGCACAGGCUGCCCCACCGCCGAAACUCGUCAAGCAGAGUCAACUCGCAAUAGCUAAUGAUCGCCUAGCUUUCAAGCCGACUAACGUGGCGAUCUCGCCGGCCAAAGGCACCAGCGUAGCCAAAUUGCCAGCAUCUAGAGCAGUCAGGCGGCAGAUUACAAAAGUCACGACAGAUGAUACGCUCCUGCGCGAUCUCCAGUUCUCGGACAACGAUGAGGCACCUUUGACCCCGCCUCGUCCUAUGCAAAGAUCGAACAAGUCCAAUGCUGCAAUUGCUCCUGGUCAAUCUGCCGAAGACUUCAUGCGCUCAGCUCUGGAGUCUCCUCUGUCCGGCGUUCCCGCUCUCUCCAAUCUCAGCCCAAGGAAACGAGACAGGUAUCGAGCGAUGUUCAAGCCGAGGGGCCAAGCAGAACGAGGGGAGGACAGCGAAGAUGAGCCGCCCGUUCCCAAGUCGCAAGCGUCCCGUGGCAAGACCAGAAUGGCCAAGCCGAAAGCCUACAAAUCCUGGCCAAAAGCACGCGGGAGAGGUAGAGGCACGAGUCGGCGCAAGUGA